AUGAGCUCUUUGCAGGGCUACAUCGACAAACGCGUGCUCGUCAUCACUGCCGAUGGAAGGACCAUCCUCGGCGAUCUCAAAGGCUUCGAUCAGACGACCAAUGUCAUCCUGAGCGACUCCAUCGAGCGCGUCUACAGUCUGGAGGAGCCAGUGGAGGAGGUACCACUAGGCCUCUUUGUCGUGCGAGGCGACAAUGUGACACUUGUGGGGGAGCUAGAUGGAGAACGUGAGCGCGAGAUGGAUCUGAGUACGAUCAGGGCAGAGCCAAUCUCUGAGCUCAAGAUAUGA